GAGAGAGAGAGAGAGAGAGAGAGAGAGAGAGGGAGAGAGAGAGAGAGAAGCUGCAGCUCUCUCUUCUAUUUGCUAAAACACAUGAUUACCCGAAAAACCAGGGCACCCACAUCCGACAACAGAAUCAUCAUUGGAGACCCAUAGUACAGCAGCCUCCCACAGUGCUGCAAGUAAAAGGAUUUCACCAUGAACACUGCAAACAUAACCAUCGUUCUGCUCACCCUCCUGGCAAUCUUCUCAGCAACUGAAGGGAAAAGACAGCCACGGGUUCUACGCUGCCUUUGCCCCAACGUGCAGACUGGUCAUAUUCCGUUCAGGAAUCUGAAGAGAGUGCUGCAUCUCCCUCCUCGUCCGCACUGCUCAAAGACUGAAGUCAUUAUCACACUCAAAAAUGGACGUCAACUCUGCCUGGACCCAAAUGACCGCCCAGUGAAGAUUCUGGUGACGAGAUCAACCAAAAGAAUGCAGGAAAGUAAACAUUCUAAAGAGGUUGGAAGCACUACUCAUACCCCGUAACAUUUGUUAACAAAAUGGUGAACGUGAUUCAACAACCUGCGUCUUGGACUGCCGGCCCAGCGCUCCCUUCUGAUACAAUUCAUUGCAUUGUAAGGGAUGUAUGGGCAUUUUGCUCUGCGAAAGCUUUCACUAGACAACUUUCUUCUUAUUUUUUAUUUUAUUUUUUAUUUUACCUUUAUUUUACUAGGCAAGUCAGUUAAGAACAAAUUCUUAUUUUCAAUGACGGCCUAGGAACAGUGGGUUAACUGCCUGUUCAGGGGCAGAACGACAGAUUUUGUACCUUGUCAGCUCGGGGAUUUGAACUUGCAACCUUUCGGUUACUAGUCCAAUGCUCUAACCACUAGGCUACCCUGGCCGCCUUCCGCCCCCUUAUGAGCGGAAGUGUACAAUGUAGCACAUUUGAUGUCUAUUGCUUGUUUUUAUUAUAUGUUUAUUACAUAUGUUAUAAUACAAAUGUUUAUUAUAUGUUUACCUGUGAAGGACCCAGGAAGGGUCAGAGGGAUGAGUCCUUAGAAGAGAGCUGCAUGCAGUAGGUAAAUGAAAAGAGUUCCUUAUAAGAGGACUUUUAGACCUUAGAUCAAAGUGUCUGUCCAUGUUAUAUUUAUGCUUUCACUUCAUUUCCAAGCAAGCAAAUAAAAGCAACAUAUUCAUA